AUGACUGCGGAAGUGCCAAGUGCGCUGAAAACUGCAUCAGUUCUUAAACUGGAUAGUUUGCUGGAAGUAGACUGCCUUACAACUACCGAUAAGGUAAAAUCAGUGCAGGAUAACGUGCUAGUGUUACAAAGCGAAACUGCAACAAAUGCCAGUUGCGAUGCAGACUUGAAGACCGAAUAUUCCAUAACAAAGAUGAAAUCAUCAUUAUUGGACACUGAUAAUGAUCCAAACAUGGAGAUUGAUUCUAUAUCUGAUUAUAAGUUGAUGAAAAAGUAUCGCUCCAAUAGUAAUUACAAUUCGGAUUCCGAAUUCACCAUAAUGGAAGGGAAACAAAAAAAGAAGUUGGACGGUAUCGCCACUGCUGAGGAAGUAAGCAGUUUAUCUGAUACACUCAUUACUGUUGGUUGCGAGCCUGUAAUAACCGAAUCGGAAACUCAUUUAAACCCAAACUAAGAGGACAAACAAAUCGUG